CUCUCUCUCUCUCUAUAUCUAUAAUAUACCAAUCUCUGCUCUUUCCAAGCUAGGACAAAAAUGGGGGGAAACUCGCCGUGCGCAUCCUGCAAGCUGCUGAGACGCCGCUGCACCAAAGACUGCAUCUUCGCUCCUUACUUCCAGCCGGACGAUCCCCAAAAGUUCGCCAUUGUUCACAAGGUCUUCGGCGCUAGCAAUGUCAGCAAGAUGUUGCAUGAGCUUCCGGUUCAUCAGAGAGCAGAUGCAGUGAGCAGUUUAGUUUACGAAGCGAAUGCUCGAAUGCGAGACCCGGUUUACGGCUGCGUCGGGGCGAUUUCCUAUCUCCAGGACCGGGUGUCAGAGCUGCAAAUGCAGCUGGCGGUGGCGCAGGCGGAGAUACUUUGCAUCCAGAUGCAGCAGGAGCCGACGGGCUUGCCGAUGACGGCGAUGCAGAUGGAGCCCGGUGAUGAUAAAUCAUCGCUUCUUUUAUCCCGUACUAGUAGCAGUAGCUUCAAUAAUAAUAGCCUGUGUCCUCAGUACCUCAGCUUUGCUUCUUCUAGCAGUGAAGUCCAAGAUCCUCUCAAGAGAGAGUCUCUUUGGACGUGAUCGAUUUUGCUAAUAUAUCUUUCAUCACUGUUUGAGAUUUUCUCUCCAAUUCUUGCCGAUUCAAACAUAUAUUUUCUGAGAUUCCUGCUGUAUCAGAGACAGAGAGAGAGAGAGACAGGGGAGGGGGGUGGAAAUAAUGAAAGGGAAUGGAUUAGGGAAAAUUAAAUCAUGGAGGUCAACCCUAGCAUGUGAUCUAUGGAGUAAAACUAAAGCUGGCCGGGUUGAAGUUUCUCCUACUUUUUCUUAAAUUACAUAAAAGUAAUGAUUCUUUCUCACCCGACAAAAAAAA